AUGGACAUGGAAGAAAAAAAGACUAGGUUGGUGAUUUUGAAGUAACCAUCAAAAAACAAAGGGUAGUAUAAGAAGAAGAAUAAAUUGUAACUAGCUAAAUUAAAAAUGAAUCAAAUUUAGUAAAGAGCUGCUAAUAUCAUUUCUAAACAAAUAAUCUCAUAAAAAGAAAUAUUUUUACCCUAUGAUGUGUAUCUAGAAUACAAUGGACUUGAUAAUGAUGAAGGAUUUUAAGUGUAUAAAUAGCUUUUCAAGUAGCUAAGACCUGUAGUUUCAUUAAACCAUUUAAAAUAGGAUAAAUUUAUACAAAUAAACUUAGAUUAAGCAUAAAGAGGAAUAUAAGAUUUUAGUUUUUUAAUAUAUUAGUUAAACUCUCUUUAGGAUUAAUAGUAUCAUGAAAUGGCAAAUGAAAUCUAAGUUUUUUAAAAUAAUCUUUCAUUUUUUAAUAAAUUAAGUCAAAAAAGAAAAAAUCCUGAAGUUUAGAGCAGGAAUUAUGAGAUUUUUAACAAGUUUAUGAAUGAGGAACUGAAAAGCUUAUUAGAAUAAUAGGAUAUUUAUGGAUUUUAUACUUACAAUUUAAUGUAAUGUAUCGAUGAUCUAUCUGAUGCAAGAUCUAUAUAAUAGGGAUGUAAUGAAAAUUUUAUUAAGCUUUUAGGAUUUGAUGUAGAAAAUUACAUCAAUUUUAUUAUGCGCCAAGGUUUUUUUGAAGUUACAAGUUAUACUAAAAGAAAUGAAUCAUCUCUUGAAUUUUUGAACAUUGUAAAGAGUUUUGUUGAAAAUGGCUUUGAUUUUUCAAGUAUUAUGAUAUCUGAUAAUAUAGAUAUUUUAACUUUUGAUGGAUUAAAAAUAUCACCAAAAAUAGUGCCUUAAAUUCAUAUUUGCUACGGCUUAGAGGAAGAUGGAGACGUACCAGGAAAAAGACCAAUUUUAGGAUAUCUUAACAUAGAAAAAUAUAUACUGGAUUAAAAAUAAGUGUAAUAUAUCCUUAAAAAGAGAUAAAGUAAAACAAAAUAACUCACAGAUUAAGUAUAUGAGUAGCCUGAAUAGUCAUUUUAGCAUUUUCAGUAUAAUUGUUCAGUUUAGCAUUUUACAGAGUUUUAUUAAAGGUAUUCAGAGGAAUAAAUUUAUUAUAUUCAUGAUCGAUCUUCUAAUUCGAAUUUGGAUUCUAAAACCUGUAAAAUAAGGCUCUUAUGA